GAGGAUGGAGGAAGAAGAGAAGCAGAGCAGCGGGGCGCGGCGGAGGUGGCUCGUCGACGCCGCCCGCUGGCGUCCCUCCCCUGCCCAGUUCCAGGCCGCAGCCUCCCUCCUCCCGCCGCACGAACGCACCGCCAUCACCAGAUUUGUCAGGGAAGACGACAGGAAGCGGGCGCUCGUCAGCCGCCUGCUCCAGUACUCGCUCGUCCACCAUGUCCUUGGAAUUCCGCUUCACCAAAUUCGCAUCAAUCGCACGCUUGAAGGGAAACCCUACCUGCAGAAUAAAAAUGGCACCUUUCCAGGCUUCAACUUCAACACGUCGCACCAGGGAAACUACGUUGGCAUAGCAUCUGAGCCUCUCUGCCUCGUUGGCCUGGACAUUGCGUGCAUCUCCAAGCCUCAGGGAGAAACUGCUUUGGAGUUCAUAAAAAACUUUGCUUCCCAUCUCACAUAUCAUGAGUGGAACUGCAUUGUUUCUUCUGGUAGCCCUGAUGAGAUGUUAGCUGAGUUCUACAGGUACUGGUGUCUUAAAGAAGCAUUUGUCAAAGCUACAGGUGUUGGCGUUGGAUUUGGUUUGCAGCGUUUGGAAUUCCAUCAUACAAACUGGACUGAUAUUUUUCUCUCUAUUGAUGGAGAAGAAGUUAGGAAAUGGAGGUUUUGGCUUUUCAAGAUUGACGAAAUGUAUAUGGCAUCCAUUGCGAGAGGGCAUCCUGAGGAUGCUAUUGGCAGCUUCAAGAGAACAUUGUCUGAUGUGGUUGUUCAGGAAGAAGAAUUGCAAGGUGCAUUAGAUAUUCCAGAAGAAGCUUUCACUAUAUGGACUGUGGAGCAACUUCUACGAUUACACGAUUAGCUGCCUUAAAUUGUGCAUGAAUACUAACGCAGGACUAACUCAACAGAUUGUAACAAUAUCUAACCACAUUAGAAUUAGGAAAUGUGUCCUUUUAUUUCACUUGAUGCUAUUGCAGAAAUGGGAGCUUAGAGAUUAUUGCCUGUUUUUGAUGUUGUAAAGCAUACAAGCAUUGACUGCAAAUCUUAAGAUGGCAUGACUGAACAAUUUUAUCACCUCCCUCAGAGAAAUUGGACAU